UGAGCUGUGAAAACAUAGCUUAGAAGUCUUACAACUCAGACUUGCUCGUAUCUGUCUCGACUCAAUUAUCAGCACGUCUUUAGCUGCACGAUCUUGAUGCCGAAGAGUUGGCCCUUCUGCACAAGCGGGUUGGCCGGAAGAGAGAAUGAAGAAGCCGAUAUACGUGACAAAUAUGUGAGCAUUGCAAUGCCCACACAACCUGGUCCCAAGACAGUAAGGGAGCAAGACACUAACAGUUUCAUGUUUUAAUCAUAAACUACCGAAAUUUAUGGAACAUCUUCAAGAAAGGAUCGUUAACUCCGAUGUAGGUCAGAGAGAACUGCAGGACGCCGUGUUAAUGUCUUUAUUCCGGAAACAGAAACACGUGGCCAAGAACAAAUUCUGAUCAUUUUAUUUCAACAAGUGCUGGUUUAGCCCAAUUCAGUGUCCUAUUGUAAUUAACAAGAGCCUUGUAUAUGCCGUAUGUAAUAAGGACACUAGAACAUUUCAUUACAAUUGAUAUACGAUUAUAUAAACGCACUACCAUCAGUUCAUGGUUGUAGAAGCAUAAAAUACCUACAAAUACAAAAGAAGGAAUAGUUUAUAAACACGAGUGUAUCUGUGUGAACAUAAUUGACAGAGAUUUAUUCACCCAAAGGAACUGGGUAUUCGUAGAAGAAUUACGCUCUGAGAAUAUCACGUAAUAGAAUUUUCCUAUGAGAGCUUCCAUGCGCCCAAUUUGGCUGGCGCAUUGCUCGGCACGCCCGUUGAGUGGACUUGCCCACUAUGCAUGACUGCUGGGUCGGCCUUCCUCUCGCGUUCACAUCUUCAGAUCAACACUGAACGUUGUGGAACGUGCACCGGCCACACGGGACUCUGCAGCAAACAGGUGACAGUUGUCUUAGUGAUCAACACGCGGUCCCAUUAGAUCCAAGUGUAGGUCUGUAACAGCGUUUAAUGUAUUUCUGACUUAAUUCGUUUACUCGAGUGGGCAGUCUUUAGUGAUGUGGUGCAGUGUAGUCAGUGAAUUUAUAAUUAACAAACAACAAUAGAAACAAAAUGCAUCUGUGUGAGGUUAGAUAUUUUAUAAUGGUUUACGCUGUGUCGCUUCUCAGUGUUUAAAAAGUUUACAUUCAGCGAACUGUGCUUGUGACGUAGCUUAUCCGCUCACUGUAACCUGACGCCCUGUUGGCGGCAAUGUGUGUUGGUGAUUUCAAAGUAAAAGUGAUAUCCGAUGAUGGAUGAGUUUGAAAUUGGUAUCACAGACAACAUAACACAUGACUCCUACGAUAAUUAUACACAGCCCUUCAGUUCAACACCUCAGAGAAUUGCAGCUACAAUGUACAAUGUAACAGAAGGGAGUAACAUGACUCAAUAUGAUACGAUAUCUAAAAGGGACCCUUUAUAUAUUCUGAUCCCAAUCACGGCGAUAUAUGCAGUGAUCCUGCUGACCGGUUUGGUGGGCAAUGUGAGCACGUGUGUGGUGAUCGCCCGCAACAAACACAUGCACACAGCCACUAACUAUUACCUGUUCAGCCUCGCUGUGUCGGAUCUGCUUCUGUUGGUGUCGGGCCUUCCUCAGGAGAUGUACUUCAUUUGGUGGCGCGUGUAUCCAGAUGUGCUUGGGGAAAAAGUCUGCAUCCUGCAAGGAUUUGCUGCCGAAACGUCGGCUAACGCCACGGUACUUACCAUCACGGCGUUCACAGUAGAACGCUACGUGGCCAUCUGUCAUCCCUUCCAGUCGCACACCUUCUCCAAGCUGUCGCGGGCCGUGCGGCUGGUGAUGGUGAUUUGGCUAGUGGCUCUAGGCCUGGCGGUGCCCCAGGCCAUCCAGUUCGGCGUGUUACAGCGCAAAGCGGAGGACGGGACCGAUGUGGUGCUGUGCACUGUCACCUCGGAGUUAGUGCAGCAUGCCUUUGAGAUCUCGACCUUCGUGUUCUUCGUGGCGCCCAUGACUCUCAUCACCGUGUUGUACGCUCUCAUCGGCCUGAAGCUGCGACGCUCCAGGCUCCUACACGCUGCCAAGAGAGCGUCCAUCGGAAGCAGCAGCACCGACAGGGGCAAUGACCGCGCCGUCGGUGGCAAGAGCAGCUCGCCUCAGAACUACGUCAUUCGAAUGCUUGUGGCAGUGGUGGUGGCGUUCUUCAUCUGCUGGGCGCCGUUCCACGCACAGCGACUCCUGGCGAUGUACGCCCGCAGCAACAACUCGGACAGUCCGGUCCUACUGACCGUGUACAAAACGCUAACCUACACUUCGGGCAUUCUGUACUACAUGUCCACUACAGUGAACCCCGUGCUCUACCACAUCAUGUCUCACAAGUUCAGGGAGGCAUUCAAGUCUACGCUUGCUGAUCCAUGUGGAUGUAAUCAGACAAAUUCAAACAAACGACGUGCUUAUAGCGCGUUGUUGUGUCGACAGAACAACAGACACAUGUCGUUACAACAGCAACAACUUCAGCGUCAGCAGCAUGUAUAUCAGUUGCAACGCCGCAACAGCAACUCAGGCGACCUUCAGCAACCACUCCCUAUACAGUUACUCCCUAACAAGGGACAACACGAAUCAGCAAUGAACCAGGCACAUCAGCAAUUCAGAAGACACAAUUCUGGAGACAGUGGAGAUCAAAGUAUCACGCCGAAGGAACGCAGACUUCAUGGCCAACCAGUGGAAUCGUGUUUGGAUGUUAUGGCGUCUAAUUCAUAUCCCAUGUAUGUGCAUCGCCCUAGAGGAUCGUCGAACUCUAGCCAAACAACUACAACUACGUCACUGGGUAAACUCAGUUUAAAUGGAGGAAACAACUGCCGUUCCGAUUCAGCCCUAGCGGCUAGUGAUGAAACUACAGUACGGGGUGGCGCAGUGACGAGUAAUGGGCAUUGCAGAAAACAAUUGAAAUUAGAUCUAAUAGUUAUUAAUGGCCGCAAGAUGAAGACAUGUGACGUUACAAGUGAAGACGUGGAGGGUAUAAAUAACGUUACUUGUCAGGGAAAGUGUAAACAAAUGUGUGAUGGUAACUGCUUGGGUCAGCGCAGUGGUAACAGCAUAGCAGCUAUAACCAAGAGGUUAAAAUCUGCGCCACGUCCGGCGGCAAUCGGUGUGUUGGCUAAGAAACUUCGCUCUCUCUCCUUGCCCGGUAACACAAAGAGCAUAUUCGCCCCGCAACAGAACGCGCGUGAAGACAUUCAGGAACCACCAAGUCAUGUCAGUACCGAGAGCGCUAAAAGCACAAUUAGCGACUCGAGCCUUCAGGACCUGGACGAGACGGAGUUCGUGGGUUCAGAGCUGGCUCGUUACAUGGGAGAACUCAACCAACAGAAACUAGUGCGCUGA